AUGGGUGCUUCCAUAUGGGAGAGCAUUAAGCAAGCAAAACUUCGUGGUCAUGGGGGUCACGUGGAUGACUAUACUGGAGCUGGUUAUGCAAAUAUGAUUUGGGCUCCACCAACAUUGGGAAGGCUUAAAUUAAACUGUGAUGCAUCAGUGGCUGCUAAUGGAGAACAAGUGGGUGUUGGUAUUGUAUGCCGCGAUAGUGAAGGAAAUUUUGUCGCAGCAUUGGGAGAGAGGCUUGUUGGAAGAUUAAGUCCUUGUGCAGCUGAGUUGUUCUCUGUAUUGAGGGAUCUUGAGUGGGCUAUGGACCAGGGGUGGAAUGGUUUGGUAAUUGAAACAGAUUGUUUGGAGGCUGUGAGGAUGGUAAACGGAAGUGAUGAAUGUCUUGCAAGUGAGGGUGUCCUGGUGGAGCGAAUUAGAGAGAUUUUGGAUGCUUUGGAUAUUCCUAAUAUUCAUCAUGUUCCGAGGGUGGCUAAUAUGGCGGCUUAUACGGGGCAGGAGUGGUAG